CUUCUUGGUGGAAUGAACUUUCGAACUAUGCAAAAAUUUCCAAAUGGAAUUGAUAUUAACAAAAUUUCUGCAAUGUUAAAUGAGAAAAAACACCAACUUUUUGAAAAAGCUGCAAAGUCUCAAAGAUAUCCAAAUUUUGGUCAAUAUGAUGUGACAAUAGCAUUUUAUUCAUUAUUUUAGCAGCAAGAAUUUUCAUCUGGAAACAAUAAACCUGAAGUUGAAUUAUUACAAUUUUUGUUAUAUUCUGACGAUAAACUUUUACACAUUCGCUACU